AUUGCAAAUUAACCGCAUUGUCAUAGAGAGUCCUUUUGUUUAUACUAGUCUGAGCUUUGAAUGAAAACAAUUAAAGCGCUAAUUCGCCACCACAGAUACAGCAGAUGGAAUCAAAGUCAUUCAACAACUGUUACAAUAGCUGUCAUACCUUCAGAGCCAAUCUGUGGAGACCUCAUACUUGCAGCAACUGCUACAAGUCCAAGACACUGCAUUCAGUCACAGGAGAGUCCACUACUGCCAAGAGUUUUCUGAAGAAACUUGCAGGACCAACACGACCCAGUAAGAAAGAGCUUCGGCAGAUAUCUUCAGUGGCUACACUGGACCAAGUGAAAGUGAGCACAGGCGAGUGGGAGGAGAUGCCUGAGCGAUCACACAGGAUCAGUCCCAUGGUGGGGGUGGUUAAGCCCUACGCUGUCGUGGAUAUUGAUGAAGACAGUGAUGAAACCAGUUUGGAUGGUGUGGUACUGAAGCAUCACUACACAGAGUCGGGUAACCACCAGUUACAGAACACAAAGAGCAGCACUCUGUCUGUUGUGAGAACAAGACAUGACAAAAAUGGCAGCAACCUGAGCUUGGACAAAGUCGGCAUAAACGGAGAAGCCAAACUUUUGGAGACGGUACCAAAGCCGCUGGGAAUGUUAGGAAAAAUGUUGAUCACCGAGUAUAAUCGCUCUCUUAGUUCGACCACAAUCGACAAACAACUCGAGAUUGCUAAUAGCAGUGAAGAUGCUAAGCAGCGCUAUAAGAGAGGGAAAAGUGUUGAACCACUUGAAACACGUCGUACACAAAGUAUCUCUGUGAAACGAAGCGCCAGUUUGAGACAAGAUGUUCCAAAGAGCUCCAAACUACUCAGCCUUCUUAGUCGAAGAAAAGCUUCUCCGUCUGCACAUGUCAAACCAUUAGAGUCUGGCUUACAGCAUACCAACAAAGCGCAUCCUACUAUACUACCCAAAGUUGCAGUAUUUACAGCUCAGCCAAAAGUAACUUCACCUCAUCCUGUUCGAAGAAACAAAGCGACCGUUCAUCUUUAUUCUCACUCUCUACUGGCCACUAGGAAACACAAGAAAGAAGUGGCAGUUCCGGCUCGUCCAAGAAAUCUCAGUGUAUCCAUGAAAGUACGUGACGAGAAAGAUGAACCUUCAACAACUUCCAUUGAUAAAGUGCUAAAGAAACGCAAACGCACACCACCAGCGAAACCUCCGAGAACACUCAGCACUUUCUUCACAUCGUCCGAUCAGGAGCAUUUAUUUCAGCAGCUGCUCGAGUGUGGGAAUGCGUGCGACGAGCAAGUCAAGCGUAAAAUGAACAGUGAGCUACAGACUAUGGAGAAACCUGCCAGAAUACGACCACCAAGACGUCUGCGUCCAGAUGGUUAUGACCAUGUGGUACGGUUCCCCCAGGGCGAUUCUGGCACACAGAUGCAUGUAGUGUCACGCCUACCUUUAGGGCACACUGGUGACUAUGCCGAGGUGUUGUCAAGUAGUGGUUCCGCUAACGAGUUUGGUGGUUUGUCCAAUUCAGUUGAGUCCAAUUACGCCUCCCUACAGCGCUCUCCGCCCACUCCACCCCCACGGGAACCACACUUCACACUACCAGUCGUCAGUCCACCCUCACACCCUCUCACACAGUCACAAACGGACCCUACGACUACACCCACUUCAACGAGCACUACAUCGUCACAAGACAACGAGGAUAUAUACUCGGUACCACCACUGGAAUUGGAAUCGGACUACGCCGUUCCAUGCGCCUCACCCACUGACCAGUACUACUCCUCUCUUCCUUGUGUGUCUCCAUACAAUGCACAAGUCGAUGCAGAGAAUCACUACUCUCUAGCGUAUGCCUCACCUGUUGAAGCCACACCGCACAAUGGUGAGCUAGAUACACUCAUGACCACGACCUUGGCCUGCGUUGUGGAGAAAGAAUGCAAGACGCUGAUUUGCAGAGAGGAUAUACGAGAGGCUAUAAAGUGGGAGGAGAUGGAAGUGAUGUCAGAGGGCGAGAUCUUGUUCAAUGGGUACACUUUCUCAAUCAAAGCCAUGGAAACUCUCGGUACAGAAGUGAAACAAACCAUCGAAAUUUCAAAACUUCUUAAGCCUCAUCUCAAUCUUUCUCUCGUCUGCUCUGUACUCCCUCCUCCCCCCAUACCCCUCACACAUCUCACACCCUCCCCACACUAUCUUAUCACAGAUCACACAGGCACAGGCACAGAGUCCGCCCACUUUCUCCUAUCACGUCGUCACAGCCUCACACCCGACGCCUACGCAGAUCACAUCCUCCACACCCUCACACAACUCUUUUCCGCUCUCAAGUACCUCUACGAGAAUGGGGUGUGUCACCGAGAUGUGGGGGUGGAGUCCAUAUAUGGGCGCUAUGUGGGGGGUAACUGUCUUGUUAAAUUAGGAGAGUUUAAAUACGCAUUACAUCGCUCAGGACCAGUAGAUGCUACGACUUUCGUAUACGGCUACCACGAGCUGGAGUGGUUGGGGGGGGUUGAUAGUCGGCUACCCCCUGAGGUGAUGGAUACUCCUGACAACGUACAAACUGUUGAUUAUGGUCACACGGACGUGUUCUCAGUCGGCUGCAUGAUAUACGAACUCUGCAGCUCCAGCAAUCCGUUUGAAACGAACUCUGAUCUAAUUUUCCAACAAUACACUGAUAAAGAUCUGCCGGAACUUGAAUUAGAUGCAAAAUUAACGCCAUAUUUGCAGAAACUGGCCCAACUAUUAUUGAAAAAGGACACGAAUGAACGCAUUUCCCCAUCGACUGGUCUACUUAUAUGUCAGGCAUUAAAGUGGCUUCCCCGGGAAUGGUUGUCAAGGAUACCAUCCGAGAGUGAAGUAAGGGAACGCCUCUCGCUACUAAGGGGGCGGGUGGUGUGUGAGGCAGCAAAGAACGAGGAGAAGAUCAUGCCGCUGGAUGUGGUGCUGGAGGGACAGUUCUUGUCAGAGUGCAGCACAACCGAACUCAUUAAAGCUAUAUCAAUGUUUGCAGUACAAUAGUUAUCUCAUUAUGUACGAGUUCUAUUUCGUGUAAUCUUGAAUACUAAAUUCCAAAUAAUUAUACAAUCAUCAAUAAAACGUGAUAAAACUUCGAUAAAACCACA